AUGCUAACACUCUAUUUCCGUAGCUGUCGGAAGGUCCUGAAUACGAGGCUGUUUACUAAUGAGAAGACUGGAAAAGCAUGGGAUCAGAGCGUUAUGCAGCAGAACUUUGAAGUCCUGUUAGUGAGUCAAUUUACCUUAUAUGGAAUCCUGAAGGGUAACAAGCCAGAUUUCCAUGUGGCUAUGCCACCUGCGAAAGCAAAACCUUUCUACGCUUCUUUGGUUGAGAAGUUUCAAAAGUCGUACAAAACUGAUUCAGUUAAAGAUGGCAUUUUUGGAGCAAUGAUGAAGGUUUCAUUGGUAAAUGAUGGCCCUGUAACAAUGCAAGUUGACUCACCCUCACUGCAGGGCUCUGGUCAGUCAAGCAAUGGUGAUGCUGGUUUGGUAAGAGAGGGUGAAGCAGCAGUACCCGAUGAGACUCGUUAA